GGAGGGACUUUGUUGCGUUGCGUUGGUGGAUGCUUUACAGUCAGACAGGAGCACCAGGGAGCUGAAGGAAAACACUUCCAGGAUUUUCAGACUCACAGGCUAUUUUUCCCACAUCGGAACACACAGCAGACAGACAUCAGACCGCUGACUAUGAAGAACCCUCUGUACUGGGCUGUGCUGCUGGGGAUGGCCGUCCUGCUGAUGGAGCAAGGGUUGCCGGUCCACAGCCAAGGGGACUCUCAGUCCGACAACAAAGUGAUGGACAACAUCACGGUCCGGCAGGGAGAGACUGUCUUCCUCAGGUGUGGACAGGGGGACGUCGUCACACACACAGCAUGGCUGAACCGCUCCAGCAUACUGUACGCGGGAGAAGACAAAUGGUCGGUGGAUUCCAGAGUGAGUCUGGUGACCCUUAAUACAGAAGAGUUUACCAUCAAGAUUGAAAACGUGGACAUGACGGAUGAGGGCCAAUAUGUGUGUGCGGUGCAGACCAGCAGCCGGCCCAGAACCACCUCUGUGCACAUCCUCGUGCAAGUACCACCAAAAAUCAUCAACUUGUCAAAAGAUAUUGUGGUGAAUGAAGGCGACAAUGUCACCCUGAUGUGCCAAGCCAGCGGGAAACCAGAGCCCUCCAUCAGCUGGAAACUCAUCUCCUCCUCAGGGGACCUGGCAUCAGACGACGAUUACCUGGAAAUCCCAUCUAUCUCCAGACAGAGGGCAGGGACGUAUGAAUGCACAGCCGUCAACGAGAUCGACACAGACAUCCAGACUUUGGACAUAACUGUCAACUAUGUUCCAACUGUGUCAGAGGGCAGAGACGUGGGAGUGACUCUGGGCCAGCGGGGGGUUCUGGAGUGUGAGGCUGAUGCUGUGCCCGAGGCAGAUUUUGAGUGGUACAAAGAGGAAAGAAGGAUCUACCCUGGCGUUGACGGCAUGGAGAUCUUGAACUCUGGAUCUUUGUCCAAGCUGACCUUUUUUAACGUGUCUGAUGGAGAUUACGGCAACUACACUUGUGUUGCCACCAACAAACUCGGGAGCUCAAACACAAGCUUCCUCAUGUAUGUGGUAAUUGAACCCACUAGCUCAACGCUAUUGCAAGGACCGAGAGCAGUUCAGGACGGCAGCGGCGGCGCGGCAGGAAUGCACUUACACACCUGCCUGCUGUGCCUGGUGUUUCUGCCCUUCCUGCUCAGAUUUUGAAGAGGAAUGGAAUUGAACAUAAGUAUUUUGUUAUGUGUGGGUGUGUGUGUUUUUUUUUUCCUUAUCAACCAGAACCAUAAACUGAUGCACAUGCAAUAUCCUGCUAAUGUUGACCCAGUUACAAAAGUUUCAGUUUUUUUCAAGGAUGUAACAGAUUUGAAUUGAAUUGUGUUAGAAAUGUUCUCCCUGAACUAUAUUAUUCUGGAUUAUUUUUACAUAUAUGUCUGGGAGAAAAGAAAGGGAUUUUUUAAUUGUGUUGUUUCUUGUUCAAAUGGAUUUGUCUUAGUUUGAACUGCAUUACAUAUUCAUCUUAACUCCAGGAAAAGGCACAUUUACAGCAGGAAUGAGAGGUGAAUGUUAAAUACCUCAAAGUCAAACUGAGACAGUGAAGCAGAAGGACUCUCGGUUAUCCUGAGGCGGAAAGCCUGCUCUUGUUAUAUUUUAAUGUAUAAUAAUUAACAUUGAGUCUGGUUGUUGAAACAGAAUUGUUUUUGACCUUCAAGUGUUUUUGUUCUCAGCAUUAUAGUGAUAUAAUUGCAGUUGUGUUAUUCUCAUAUUUUAAUUUAAUUCAUGAUGUUGAGUUUUAAAUAAUUUUGAGAAGAGAAAAUACAAAGUUGUAAUUAUUUAGGACAAAUAUCCUAGUUACAGUAUAUGUCUGUUUUUUUUGGGCGUUUUUUUUUUAGUACAGUUGAACACACAAAUGGUGUCAAGAAUAAUAAUGUGAUAAUUAUGUAGUUUAAAAUGGACAACGACUUAUUUACAUGAUGCAAAUGUAUUAAUGAUGUUGCUACUUGUCAUUUCCACAUUACACAGUUAUUUAAACAAUGUUCCUGUUCAUGAUCCAAACCAGCACUGUAGGGUCUGUGAGAUCAUGUUGUAGAAAAUAAAACACUUUUUGCAUGUAUUUAGACACCAAUAACACAAAGAAUUUAACGGUUCACACAGCACCAUGAUUCAUAGGUUUUAUAUUCACGACAUCAAACAAAACACACAGACACGUAUCCCGUAUUUGUCUUUUCACAAACAAGAGGGUACACAUGUUGUGUUUUAAUAUAGGUUAAACAUGGGGUCAUUUUGGAAAUCUCAAAUUAUGGAUGAAUAUAAAAUCUAUAGCGUGUGGUUUAUGAUUGAAGCUUAUUUGCGUCUGCACCUGGCAUCUCCAGUGUUUUUUUAAGAACAAAAAAUAAAGCAUUGCAGGCCUACAGUACUGUAGUGAGCCAGUUGUAAUAACCGAGAUUGAUCUGAGUAAAAACUGCAACUGCUCUUAUUAAAUGCAUUGUCUGAACAAACAGGAUAUGUGUGAAAAGAAGAACAUCUCGUAAUGUUUAAUUAUGGAGAAGGGUCAGAACAGGCAGAGUCACUGGAGAGGCAGAAUACAGAGAACAGACCUCCGGAAACCUUUUUGUUGUGAGAAUGAGGAUUUUAUGCAACAAUCAAGAACCUCUCACGACACAGCAGCAAGAAUUAAAGCCAGUGGUUUAUCUUUUCCACUUCUCUUUUGUUUGCUAUCAAUAAAAAAUGAGCUGCACUCAUGUUCCCCCCAGCAGUCGAAAAGAGCCUGACAACACAAAGGCAAGAUUUGUUGCACUGGUUUAGUAAUGUGGAAAAUGUUUUCUGACAUCAUGCCUCACAUUUGUGUUUGUGCUAUCUGUAAGAGCUGUACUCCAUGUCCCUGAACCGUAUGCAGGAGUAAAUGAUUGGUAGGAUUCCAUUAUCCCAACAUCAAACACGAUGGGAAAUGAUGUGCUUAUUAACAAUCCACAGCUCUCACUGAGUUUUUUCACAUGGUUAUUUUUUGAUCAAUGCAAAACACUGAGCAGACUCAAAAGGAAGAGAGAGGGAUGGAAACAUUUACCUACCCUCCGGUUUUCCCUGGAUUCCCUCAGCUCCGGUGACGUUUAAGUCCUGUAUCAACGCGCACCUCUGUUUUUCUUUUUAAAUGGGCUCCUGGGGACGACACGGUUUAUGUUGCUCGAUUGAAACAGAGCCAAUAUCCAAAUCAAAAUGGCACGAAACAGGGUCGUUACUGAAUAUGAUCAAGUUGAUCAUCUGCUGAAUCUGACGCUAAUCACGGUUUGUUUUCACACACAAGAUGAUAAUAGGGAGAGAGGAACAGUGCAUUAUCUCCAGCAGAGAGCUGUUUGGAAAUGAUAUGAUUAUUAUUCCAUCUGAGCACCGCUGAUCUCAGGUUUAUUUUCCACAGGAUUAGCCACAUUCAAGAAAAACUGCACCGAAAAAACUUUAAUUAAAUUGAAUAUGUCAAUAAUUUACACAUAACUGUAUGAGGUCAGUUGAAGGCAAUAAUAUUAAGUUGAACCUUACAUUUUUUAUUUAAACUCAAUAUUAUUGGUUUCAACUAACCUCAUACAGUUAUGUGUAAUUUUUUGACCUCAAACAUUUAAAUAAAGUCACAUUCCAGUUUGUUCAGUGUGACGUCAGACCGUCUCACAAGGAGGUGUGUGCUCCCUUGAGAAAAAGUUACCAUGGAAUUAAUGAUUCACAAUCACAGCAACAUCACUUUGAGUUCAUGUUUAAAGUUGAGAAAGAGCCAAAUGUGCUAAACAUAGAAUAAGUUGCUUAAUAACUUCAUCACACACACAUGCCACAGAUUCUAACGAGGUGAUAGAGUUUCAUGUUUAUUUCUGCUUUCAUUAUUCUUGAGUACAGCCAAGCACACAUUGUAAAAAUUGGUCAUUUUAUUUUAUUAACUACCUCUUAGCAGUUGUACAGCAAUUCUCCCAAUUAUUUAACAACACUGCCCUUCACCUUAUUGAGAUCUGGUCAUGGCUGUGUGUUUGUGAUGACAGUAAAGCUAGAACACACACUCACUAUACCCCGGCUGAACUGUCUGUCUCUCCUGCAGUAUCACAGAGGAAAGGACAAUGUUUCGGGCGUAUUGCUUUCUCAUAAUCUUUGUGAUAUAUAGAUUUGAAAUUUCUUAUGUCAUUUCAAUUGCAGUAAAAUGUUUCGGUCAAGCACACUGGUUCUGUGGACAAACCCAUGUUAGAGAAACAAUUAGAACAUAAACAGAUCUGAAUAUAUCAUGGUUCUCCGGAGCAAAUCAAUGCUUUUUCACACCUAACCUGGGGUGACGUGGUGUCUGUACGGCUGACUUCACCUUAUAAUCCACCUAAUAAUAGCAGAGCCAUAUGGUCUCUGUGGCAGUGAUCCAGAGCGGAGGCUGUAAUGAGCGUCACUGACUGCAAACCAAAACUGUGCACAUUAUUAUUUUGACUUUACACGAUCAUUAAGAGGAACCCUGCUAAUCCGUAAUAUCGAACAAGCAUAUUGUUUAUUAAGUCUGAUGAGAUCUGCACUCUGUGAAGCAGUGAGCUGUAGAAGCAACAUGGAGGCAGAGAGUGCUCUGUGAUCUGAGGACAAGUUUUCAGUGGAGAUGGAAAUUCAGCAGCUGUCAGAUCGCUGCUGGAAAUCCUGUCAGAUCAUAUUCCUAAAGUUUUGGCCUUGGUCUGAGCCACGUGCAGAUACCAGAAAAGUAUCAUCUUUAUUUGCCUGCUCUCAAAUCCCUGCUGUUCCAAACGUGUAACAAGAGAAGUCAUGUGGAGAAAACCUAUGCAGGAUGCUCCUUUAAAGGCUUCACUUGGAUUGUUUUCUGACCUGAGGCGUUUGUAUUACUUAGCGCCAGUGUUGUUUACUCAUUAUACUGGUAGCCUCAAGGUUAGACAAGCUGGCUUGAAGAGCAGUUAAAUAAACAAUCACAUUACAUUUAAUGAACAGACAGUGUGAGGUUGUGUGUUGCACAACUUGGCUAUUUGUCAUGUUAUGGCUCAUUCAGUUGAAAAAAUGCUAAUAAGCUCUCGGUCGGCCUUCAAAUUGUCCUGUUGUUAACUGAGCUCAUCCUCCAGAGUCAUCGCAUCACCGUUCUGCUACCUACUAUCUUUAGUCAGGGUUAGAAGAUCAAUCCCUGAUGACACACGAGGUCUCACGCCCAUGUUUUGUGCAGAAGUCAUGGGCGGAGAUCUUCUUGUGUCUUGUGCUCUAAUUGGGCACCAUAGCUCCCCAUAUGACGGCCUGAAAAGUCCAGAUAUUAAACCUGCAAAAUAUCUUGUGGAUUUGCCACCAAUCGCUUUAAACAUCAAGUUUAAAGUUCUUUAGUGUGAGGAUAAUUUACCAUCUCUCAGGCAAACUAAAGGCAGUUAUCUUUCAGUUCCAUUCUCUUUGGUCUUUGCAAAUGCCCCUAACUUCCACCAAGCAUGACUUUAAAAUGAUAUACAACACAGGAUGCAAGUGUCAUUUCAAGCCGAACACAAACGGAUAAAUAUAACAAGCUGGGGAGAGGUUCUUGGAAGAAUACUAGUAAAAUAUUUCUAAGAUUAGCUAUGACACAGCACUGAAAAGCCCUGAUUACACACACCUUUUUCAGUCUGAAUCCCAUCAGCCCGCUUUUAAUCAUGUCUCAUGAAGAGGAAGGCUUAUCAUUUUUGCAGUAGCACCAAAAAUGUAAGGUGGUAUGACCUAUUUAUGAUGUCUGUUUGAAUUCUGCACAAGGUUUGUAGAACUCUCUGAGCAAGGGAACAUGAACCUGAUUGAGACAGGAGGAGUUGGGUAAAAAAGCUGUGGGUUUAUUUAUUUUUCUUUGUCUCCAUAUGUGCAAAGCAAGAAAACUGAAGAAUAUUUGAUACCAUUUUAGGGAAAUGACUGAGCUUGCACUGCACUCACCAGAUAAAAAUAAUGAAUAUUCAUUAUAGAUGUUUUGUGACAUUUGCGGGAUUUGCAUUGGAGUCUAGAAGAGAUUGUUUUUGGAUGUUGGACUUUGGAGAGACAUGAGGGAUCGAACCUUGGCUUCAGCUGGGAUAACAAACGUAUGAAGCAGUCUCGUGAUCUUCUGAAUAAUUCACAAAAUAAAAGUCUGCCCUUUGACUGGUUACAAGCUCACAGGGCUGUCCUCACAGUGAUUGUUACCGAGUAGAAGAGGACCUCUUGCUCUUUGACUUCCUGCAUUGUAAAUGAUUGUUGGUUCAUAUGUAUUUUCUUGAUGAAAAGUGUGUGCUCAUAUUUAAGACUGACAAUAAUAAAAUGUUGUAUCUUAAGAUUUUGUGUUUUGCAUACAUGGGUGUUUAAGUUUUUUUCAUGGUGAAU